UGGGAUCUGAGGAAUCGUCUACAUUAAUCAUAUUAUAUGUAGUAUUUUAUAGUCCAAUAUUACCCUAUUUUCUCUAAACAAUUGUCUAAUUUUACUUGUAUUUUUCUUUUGAAAGAGUGAUGUGUCAUUAAGAUUGCAGAUCAAGAACUGCUGAAUGAAUGGUGAGUUCUCUGACAUGGAAGGUUGUUCCUCCAUCCUCAAUUUUGUAGGGGCGUCUCGCACCGUGGCUGAUGUGGCGAGUCGGAUCGUAUCGCAUUUUUCACCGAUGUCGCCAGGUCAUUGGAGAAAUGGGACUCGCAAUUACAGCCCAACAAUAUUUGCAAUAUCAUCAGCCCAAAUGCCAGUGGGAGAAGAUGAGGGAGAAGACCUGCCUCGAAUCAUCGAUCCUCAAACUCCUCUUCUGUGCCUCCACCGUCUCUUCUUCCAUGCCGCCCUCUCAACCGGCCUCCUCUUUCUCUUCUCCACAUGAUCCUCCUUUCCCCUUUCCUUUAAGCUUGCUUUUUCUUGUGUCACUGAAAACGCGGCUAGCCACGUAACUCAACAUGAAUGGUGAAGAACAGUGCGCUUUGAGAAUUUGCACUGAAUAAGGAGUUUUUUUUUUU